AUGAGCCGGACCUUGACGAGCCGGCAGGCCGAAGAGCUGCACAAAUCCAUCAUCGCAUACCUCGCCGCCAAUAAUUUCCAGGAUAGCGUCACUGCUAUGAGGACAGAGCUCAACCUCGGAGAAGAAAUCUUUGAUCCUGCUACCGCUAAGAAGUAUGAGACGUUGCUGGAGAAGAAGUGGACUAGUGUUGUCCGGUUGCAGAAGAAGACCGAACUUGACAGCGCUACACCGACCUCCCUAUCCAACCGCAAGCAAGAUCCCGCCUCCUGGCUUCCAGCCGGACCACCGCGACACGUCCUCCAAUCGCACCGAACACCCAUUAACUGCGUUGCGUUCCAUCCCAUCUACUCAUCCAUCGCGUCUGGAGAUGAAGAUGCCAUCAUCAAGAUUUGGGAUUGGGAAUUUGGCGAGCUGGAACGAACGGUGAAGGGCCACACCAAAGCGGUUCUCGAUCUAGACUACGGUGGACCCAAGGGCCACACGCUGCUCGCAUCUUGCAGCUCGGAUCUGACUAUCAAGCUAUGGGACCCAUCCGACGAGUACAAGAAUAUCCGCACACUUCCUGGACACGACCACAGCGUGAGCGCCGUUCGGUUUAUUCCUUCAGGGGCCCCUGGAGCACCGCUUUCCGGUAAUCUACUCGCAAGCGCUAGCCGAGAUGUGACGGUGAGGAUAUGGGACGUCACCACAGGAUACUGUCUGAAGACGAUACGAGGACAUUCCGAUUGGAUUCGCGACGUGAGCCCAUCCCUAGAUGGAAAAUACCUUUUGUCGACCGGCAACGACCGAACGCUGCGACUAUGGGAUAUUUCAAUGAACACCCCAGAGACAAAGAUGGUCAUGAUUGGUCACGAGCAUUGUGUCGAGUGCUGCGCUUUUGCUCCCCCUACUUCUUAUCAGCAUCUCGCGACCAUGGCUGGAUUGAAGAAGGCUCCUCCAGCCAGCAGCACGGCCGAAUUCAUGGCGACAGGAUCCAGGGAUAAGACUAUCCGACUUUGGGACAGUCGCGGAACGUGCAUCAAGACGCUGAUCGGUCACGACAACUGGGUCCGGAGCUUGGUGUUCCAUCCGAGCGGCAAAUUCCUUUUGUCGGUAUCUGAUGACAAGACAAUUCGAUGCUGGGAUCUGAGCCAAGAAGGAAAAUGCGUCAAAACACUCGAGGGAAUGCAUGAACACUUUAUUACGAGCUUACGAUGGGCGCCCCCGAUCACCAAGGGCCCGGCCGACGAAGCCAACGGCGAGAUUGGGACACCGAAAAAGGCAGCAGCGGCACCUCUAGAUGUACAGAUCCGCUGUGUUAUCGCGACUGGAAGUGUUGAUACGUCAUUGAGGAUCUUCUCACGGUAAUUGGAUAUGCUUGGAGCCGUAAGCGGCAACGUGAGAGUAUUGGACACGAAAUAGGAGGGAGCUAGGGCACUGCUUCAACAGAUGGAGUCAGCUGGCCGGUAGCUGGACAUACAUGCAACGGGCACAUCUACGCCUCGUGCCGAUAAUGCUUUCAGGACGAUUCUGUCGACCUUGCGCAUCGCCUUUCAGAGAGGACGUCGCGCACGCCCUGAUAGCGGCAUUCCACCUGUUGGAAUUCCUGGACUGUCUCGGAAGCGUCGACACUUGGUCACAGGCCGAAAUCCUGUUCUUUGUUGCCUGGGUGAAGGACGACCCGGGCUUUUGGACAGGAUUCAAAGUCUAGAAGCUAUACUACAACACACAAACAUACACAUCAACACAAUCUUCUACAGACCAUCCGCCGUCACAUGCGUCCAGUGCUUGGGAAUUUUACGAAUGAUGUUAGAUACCCAGACGAAUGUUACGACAGUGAAAUUGAAGCGCUUGCUAUG